UUGGAGCUCUGUUUUCCUCUUCCCCUAAAGAAAAUCGCUGGGACCAACAUAGGUGCGUGGUUUUCAGCUUCGUAAGGAAUUGAUGCUAAACCUGUACCUUCCCUACAGCCCGUCCAAAUCCUGCCUUUCGGAUGCCUGUCCGCAUGGCCUCAGGGUACCAGCGUCGCCUGUGGCGCUACGUAGAUGCAGGUCGGCGCCGCAAGCUGCGCAGGCUGCUCCAACGUCACAGACAAGCGCUGAACCUGGGCGAGGCUGCAGGGCAGAAGAACCGGACCCCCCUUCACCGAUCCUGUGCCCGACAGGACCACAAAACCGCCACCCUCUUGAUGAAGUAUGGAGCUGACCCCUUCCUUUUGGACCGACGUGGAGACACAGCCCUGCACGUGGCUGCCCGGCAAGUUGCGCGCAAAGGAGGCACUGUGUACGAAGACCUUUUCCUUCCUUUGCGAAAUCGGUGCCCCGCGGCCAUGAGCAUCAGAAACAGAGAUGGAAAGACUCCGGGGGACCUUUUGGGCCUUACAGAAGACAAAUGGUGCCCUGAGGAGAGGUUGGAGGAAAGCAAGAUGGAACGUGAGGCCGACCGAGAGUGGAAGCGCAAACUCCUUGGUGAAUGUGAAGACGAAUAUCAGGAGACCUGCUGGCGGUAUGAAGAGGAUUUUUACACUGCCAGUCCCGAUCCGGAGACCUACGAAGACUGGGCUGAUCGCAUAGCACGGGAAUACGGCCAGAAACGCAAGCGAGCGGCAGGCCUCCACCACCAGCAGAAACCCAAAAAUGAACCCCAAAAGCCAGCCCUGAAGCUGCGGCCUCUCCUAGAAGAGGAACGUCUGCUCUACGAGAAGCGCUCCCGAGCCAAAGAAGCAGAACUGAAGGCGGCGAAAAGAGCCCGUUACGAGGAAGGCUGCACCCGGGUCUUCGCUGCCGACAGUCCCCGUCUUCUGAGUUACUCUGACAUCCCCUGGCCGUGCCCGAGAGGGACCGCUGAGGAAAUGGCCGCAGUGGCACUCCAUGGCGUCGAUCCCACGGACAAGGUGGGUUACCGGCGCUUUCUCCGCCACCAGCAAGUUUUGUGGCAUCCAGACAAGUUUGCUCAGCGCUGUGGCACACGCUUAGCUGAGCGGGAUCGCCACCGGAUCUUGGACAUGGUCACCGCGUUAUCUCAAGCUUUCAACCGGCUAGCUGAAGUGGCCAAAUGACACGUUACGGGUUAAUAAAGUUUUGUCUCUUUGAGAAUGGGGGGUGGGGGGGGAUGGAUUGUUGGAGCAGGAAGAAUUUUCAGAUGUCUCCUGAAACAGAUGUGUUUUUUUUCUGGUGGCUCCUUUCCAGAAAUCACGGGAAGAGAAAUAGGAAUGACUCGAUAAGAGUCAGGAGUUCACAAAAUGAUCACUUCUGUGACCUAAGCAAAUGGUGAUGUGGGUUUUUUGGGGGGUGGGUUGGAAAUGGGAUUCAGGCUUAAAUAAACGUAGUAUUAAACCAUGAAA